UUCAGUAGAGUGAAAUAAAAAAUGAUUUCAAUACUUUACAGAUUUUAUUUUUCUCUUUUUUUCCACAUGCUCUGUGAGCAUUGCCAUUUUUCCAAGAUGGAAAAAAAUACACAUUAAAAUGUACAAAUGUUCAAUUUAACAGUGUGAGAUUUGACUAAUUAGAGACGUGAUUACAUAUAUGGCAAAAAGUGAAUUUAGUAUAAAGUGGAGCUAAUAUGCUAACAAAGAUCAAGUUAAGGAAAAACAUACAUAUAAAAAAAUGUAAAAUAGCCCUGAUGCUACAUUGUGAACAACAAAAGACUAAUGGAACCAAAAUGUCCUCCUUAAAAAGAAUUUUGUGACUUUAUACAUUUCUUGUAACAUUUUUCAUCUAUAAAGAACACUCUGUUAUGGACAAAAAGACUCUUUGUCUUUUCUCUAUCGUUUUUAUCUGCUCACACGUACACAGCUGCACGCUUGCAUUAAAUUAACAUUUAAGACUGGCAACAGUCACACAUAAACAAAAACUGAUUAAGGCAGGACACCUUGGAGAGGGAGCAGAAUGAGAAAAAAAAUGAAGCAGAACUCAUGCUACAAUUGCUUCACUUGGUGUCUCCCCUAAGGUGAGCUGAGUGGAGCCCAGUCUGUUUUAUAUUUAACCUAAGCUCAUUAUUUCUCAAGGUAAAAAUGGUGUUUUAAUCGUUACCAGACUCGCUACAAGUCCUGGUUACCAGGACGGGUAAUCGGUGGUGUUGUACAGAAGGGAAAAUGAGUGAACUACAUAAACUCUGACACCAAUUUUCUCACCUUCUAUGAGAAGAAAACAUUUUGUUUAAAAAUCGUGACAAGAUCUCUAAAGAAAAUAAGAACCAAAUAGUUGUCUUUUCCACUUACACAAAAGAAUUGAAGAAUUCAUUUUCCAUAAUUAUGCAUCGAGUCUUCCCUGUAAUGACUUUCUGCAAAAGAAAUGCCAAAUAAAUAUAAAUUCAUGUGCGUUUUGUGACUGAGAUUUUUCAAUUGCAACUUCAUACAUUUUUUAGUAAAGAUUUUCAAAACUGGGUAUUGUACAAGAAAUCUACUCAUCUUUAAGAUGUAAUAUGAUAAAAUUCGGUCUUCUAUCUAUGAAGAGUUAAAUUAUGAUAUGAACUAUUUGAACAUAAAACUUCACAUUAAACCAAUCUCAUAAUAAACCAGUAACAACAGACUUUUUGUAUGUCUGUAAAACAUGAGGCCGUUAAGUUAUUGCAGUGCACACAACAUUUAAAUCGCGUAGAGCGCCAUUGUUUCUGUCAUUUGGACAAAAUGCCUGUCGGAACAUUAAUAAAACACGGAGCGCUGACUGUCCGUAUUAGAAGAGUCUUUAUUAGAAGACACUCCUCCUGCUCCCGCUACUCCGCUCCUCUACAGCCAGUCGAUGUGCGGGAGGAAAUUCGCAACUCCCAUCUUUUUCUUUUUUUUUUUUUUUUUUCUUCUCGAUCGUUGUCUCCAUCGUCGUGAAGACAAAGAGGAGCCCCGCAAAGUGAAGAUGGGCUGCCAUCAGUAACGGGAGAAGCCGCUCCUGUAAAGUCACUUGUUUCUGCAAGCGUCCCCGCCCGGAGGCGAGACAGCAGGCGCCGGUCCUCGGAGACUCUCCGCGGCUUGGGAUGCGCAGAGAUGCAAAAAGAGCGAGCGAGCGAGGGAUUGUGAUUGGCCGCGCUCAUCCUGAAAGCCACCGAGGAGCAUCGGGCGAGGCAUGUCAGAGAAUUCACGGGGAGGCAUCAAACUUGGAGAAGACGUGCGUCGACGCGUUUGUUUGCAGCAGCACCGGGCUGUGUAGGUAAACUUGCACCAUCUCCCGCCCCGCAAGGACCCAACGAGGAAAGGACGCGCUUUCCGUGGUGCUGAAAACGGUUGGGCUCGGCUGAUCAACUAGUGAAGAAGAGGAGAGACAGUCUCACUUUGUUCCCCAGCGUCAUGGUAGAUGUUGGAGCUUUGAUUAGAACCUAUUAUAUACGCACCAUACUGUGCUGCAUUAUGGUGUGGAUGAAGUUAAGGAUGGAGAUGGAUUCCCUUUGCAUACGACUACGAAGAAUGCCCCGUGGCUUUUGGUUCAUCCUGCUGCUUGGCGUUGGAGGUGCACUUCUCUUCCUUCACGAAGAGAUCUUGUCAGAGAUGUUCCUACAGCAAGGCCCUGCAAUGAGCUCCCCACCGCAGUCCAAAGAGGGCCUCCAAGCUGCAGAAGCCAACCCCGUYUCCCCAAUGCAGCACCCGAACGUUGAGGAGAGCAAACRGAAAGCUACCACUGUCUCUCAGGAGCAGGAUAUAGGCACCCCUCAAAUCACCAAGAGACAACGCAAACUACUGAAAACAAGUCCUCAGAUCACCCACAGCAAAAAUGUCUCCCUAACAUCUCUUCCUGGUUUUUCUGCAGAAGGGAGCUGGAGUAACCUCUCAAGUAUCUUAGAAGCUCGGAAGCAGGUAAUGAAGAAUAUGUGUGCAAAAUAUAAAAGCGGCAUAUCAAGGACGAUCACACCGGAUCAUGUGAAAUACAUAUAUGUGGAGGAGAAAUACAAAGUAUUGUACUGUGAGGUUCCCAAAUCAGGCUGCUCCAACUGGAAGAGGACCCUUAUAGUGUUGUCGGGCAAGGCGUCCAACCCGGACAGCCUUAAUCAUGAACAGGUACACUAUGGUGGUUACCUCAAGACGCUGAACAGAUUCAACCCAAAAGAAAUAAUGCACCGUCUCCAAACCUAUAAAAAAUUUAUGUUUGUCCGUGAGCCCCUGGAUAGGGUUGUGUCAGCAUAUAGGGACAAGUUUGAGAAUCCCAAUAACUACUACCACAAUCUGUUUGGAAAACCCAUCAUAUCAAAAUACAGGGUGGCCCCAUCUACAGAAGCCCUUAAAACUGGCAAUGGGGUCACAUUCAAAGAGUUUGUGCAGUACUUGCUGGAUGGCCACCGACCGGUGGGAAUGGACAUCCACUGGGAGCAAAUGAACAAGCUCUGCCACCCUUGUCUCAUAGACUACGACCUGAUCGGCAAGUUUGAGAACAUGGGGGAGGAGUCCAACUUCCUGCUGCGAAUGAUCGGAGCACCGGACAGCCUCAAACUACCUAGUUUUAAAGACAGGAAUCCAAAAGACGUGCGGACCUCUAAAGAGAUCACGGAAAAAUACUUUUCCCAGGUCAGCUUGAUGGAGAGACAGAGAGCAUACGACUUCUACUACAUGGACUAUCUGAUGUUCAACUACUCCAAGCCUUUUAAUGAUCUUUACUAGUCCAUCACAUGCCAUGGAUCUUUAAUCAGUAACAUUCCACAUCUACAUCUCCACCAUGGUUUUAAUCUUAACACAAAUAACAACAAUUCAUGCGCAUCAUUUGGUUUUUUGGACCCAAGAAGAGACCAAAUAUUUGGAUUUAACAAAACCUUAUUUUUCUUUGGGGGGGUUCACCACAAAUAUAUUUAGUAUUUAAGUUGUAUUAAAUUGUCCAACUAGUCAGUGAUUUAAAUAAAUGUGUAAACACAAACAAAGUGAAAGAGUUAAUAGACUUUAAUCUUAGUUUGAGUCAAGUCGGCGUUGUAAUAGAUGUAAGGAAGUGAUAGGCAACARUAUUUACAGUGAAAAGGGUUAAACAAGUGUUAAUGUCAGACAAAGAGAACCUGAGUAAAAAAAAAAACAAAGCAGUUUUUAAAUGAGGAUUUCAUUCAGUAAGGUGAAAAAGGCAUCCAAACCAACAUGGACCUUCAUAGAAAAAGUAAUCACUGCUCUUGUUAAAUCAUGAAUUGAUUGUGCUGCAUCCACAGCUGAUUACUGUGUGAGCUGCAGAAUAAAGAUUUAACUUUCAUAGAACCUGCUUGACAACAUUGGCAUGGCUAAAAGAAAUAUCUCAAAAAGCAAAACAUCUUUCCCCAAUCUAAAAAGAAAAAUCAGAGGAGAACAAAGUCAAGGUGAAAACUCUCCAAAAAGAGCACAAAGGAAUGUCUUACAUUGUCUUACAAUACAUCCAAAGAAGUUGAAAAGUUUGGGAAAAUGUUCUCAAAAGUGAUGAAAUGAAACUGAAACUAUUUGAAAGUUCUGCAUCCUGCUGCAUUACAGACAGAUAAUAACCUUUCAGAAUAUAAAUGUCUUACUGUGGCUGCUUUGGGCCCUGAAAUGUCUGUUCAGUUUGUGGUCUGCUCAAGGGCACAUGGGUAGGAACAUUUACCAAAGUUCACCAGCAACUCCUCUGGCUCAAAACAAAUAAGGUUUUGCAGCGAGCGCUCUCCAGAGUUUCUCUACAUGUUAAAAGCUUAACAAAAGAUAAUUAUAUUUAUAAGAAACACUUGUUGGCUGCUUUUUGGCUUAGUUUUACAGUUAAUUCAUGAUUUGAAAAGGAUUUUAAUUACUUUUUCACAUAUUGCCAGGUUGGUUUGAACAACUUUAUUUCUGGCUUGUUUUUCCUCAGUUAAUAUUUUCUCAGAUAUUAGAAUCAGUUUGACAAGCAGAGACAUUUGAAUGURUCAAAACAAGCUAUGUAACUUUGAAUUACUACUAUUUAAUUCUUGGGRAAAAAAAUGUUUCAUUUCUAUUGGCUUCUAUUGGUUUUUGAAAAUCUAUUUCUUUUAUUUUGAAAUUUGAAAUGUUUUUUCCAUUUAUUAUGUGACUUACAGUAGGUCAGCCAUCAGUAUACCUUUGUGUACGAGUUCUAAUGCAGAUCAUUUGUGUAAAUGGCUUUACUAAUAUAAACUGUAACAAACUUAUACUCUUAAUAUUAAGAGUAAAAAAAAAACUUUAAAAUGUGUCAAAUGCUGCCCGCUUGAAAGCUGUGUGCACUUAUUGUAGCAUUUUUAUACUUCUAACACAAACAUAAUGUAUAUGUAGUCCAACUCAUAACUGUGCUGUGGGUCCCGCCGUCACCAGAGGUUGUUUCUGGAGGUUGUUGGCGUAAAUGCAAGGUAAAAGUUGUUGUUGCCCGUAUCCCUGUAUGUUGGUGGUGCUGACUUGCCAGUCAAUCAAAUCCCUCAAAAUGAAAUGAGCAGCAUGCUGUUGUUAUGCAGACAAAAACAGUUGCAGUUGAUUUCAGUAAUGUGUUCCUUGAAAUAUUGGAUGAGGAAAAGAUUGUGGUCAGACUUCACCAUCAGCCGCGUUAAAUAUCUCCUGAACAGCUUUCACUUCCAGAUCUCACGCCGUCCGUAGCCCUAUUUAUAUGUAUCACAUGUAAUCUUCACUACUGUACAGGCUUCUUUCUGACUCUACUGGGUAGAAUUGUAUAAUGGGCAUUCAGAUGACUAUAUAUUUUUCUAUGUAUUUCUAAAAUCCAUGUGAAUAUAUAUAUAUAUAUAAAAAAAAGAUAUACUUAGUGCUUCUUGGUGAAAGUACGUUUAACUCUAUUUGAUGUCAUUUAUCUCUCUUUGAGUAAUACUAGUGUAGAGUGUUGUGUCACUGAAGAGUUUCUUUCCAAAGCUGAAUAUCCACCAGCAGAAAACGUUUCUGAAGACGUAGGAACAAAUUGAGCACACAAGAUUCUGCACAGGUGAAAUUGGAACAGUUGGUGGUUUAAGGUGCGUUUCCACUGCAGGAACCUUUUCCAGGAAGCAAAGUUGUUGGAUUUUUUUUUUUUUUUUACCUUGGUUUCCACUUCAGAAACAAGGGCCAAAUCAGAUAACCAAGGUAGAAAUAUAUGCAAAAGCUGUUCUGAUAGAGGUGGGGGAAAAAACUGAUGGGCUUUGAGCUGUGGGUGCGAAAUAUUUUUUACAGGUUGAACAUAACCCAGCAUUCUGUUUCAGUCAUCCCAGCUUAACCUUUUCACAGUUAAUUUGAAAUAAUGAGACAAGAGAAAUUAUUAAUGGUGUUUGCAAACCAUAAAAGUCCACUCGCUCUUGUAGAGAAUCAUGUUAACAUUCAAACACAUUAAUGAAAUCAUCUAAGCUUGGUGGUUAACUGAAUAAAUUAAAUGAGCCACAGACUUCUACUUUCAGCCAUCUGUGGAAAUUGGAGAGUAACAUUUGUGUGAAAGCAGAUUUUUACUAUACCACAUUUAUAUAUUGAGUUGCAUUAACAUUGAAGCUGGUGCAGCUUUUGUGUCCUGUUAAUGGAGGCUUUAAGUUUUAAAACUGGAUUUUUUUUUUUCCUUUUUCCUUUUCUCUCCUUUGAUUCACAACAAAAUCUGCCAAAGUAAAAGUUGCAGUUAUAACUUUAAAAUUGAAGUGACUCUAUGUAAACUAUAAAGCGUGAUUACAAUAUCGGAUAUCGUUGUCAUCGUCAAAAAUAAUAGCUUUUAUUGUUCGGCUUUGAAUUUGAUUCCUUUCCCCACACACACAACAAGACAGAAACAGCACAGUUCACAUGAAAUCCAUUUUAGUCUCUCAUUUACACAAAGUUUGAAGUGRUGGUACUUGGUUUUAACCGAUAUGAGCCGAUCUGAUCUCCUGUUGAAGUGGGCAAAUAUAUCUGUGCCUCAGCAUCAGUGGACAUAGUUUGAGUGACCACAGACAAAAUGCACAUAAAAUGCAAGGAUAGCAAAAAAUGUUUCCAGGAAAUUAAAUCCCUCUGGAAUAAUUCUGGGUCUCAAUGUGGAAACGCACCUUUAGAGAAGAAAGCAUCCUAUUCUGUAAAAAAAAAAAAAAAAAAAAAAAAAGAUAUAUAAAAGUUUGGAAAUAAGCUCUUUGAUUAUUUAAACUCUGAUGUUUGAUGAGCUUAAUUCCACCUCAUAACACAUCUURGCUMCUGACAUUUUUUUUAACCCCAAAUUAGUUGUGUGUGUGUUUAGUGGAUGGCACUGAAUGAAGUUUUUAGCUCCUCAACACAAAAAUGCGUCUUUCACCCCUCUGAGAGUGUAUAUUAUAGAAAUACUGCUGAAAUACACUGGAGCUGCACUAUUAUGUCCAUGAUUAUACACCACUGAUAUAUUCAUCACACAGAAUGCAACUUUCAGGACAUAAAAGUGCGUUCUGUUUGAACUCAAAAGUCAGAUUUUCCAAAGUCGGCCAUCAUCAAGUAACCUAGCAGGUUCAGUAUCUUAUACAGCUUGUGAAAUCUGCAGAUGCUAUUGAUAAAAACUUUCUACACUUUAUACCUUAUUAAACCAGUUGCACUUAGAGUGAUGUAAAAUAUCUAUUAGUAAAAGUGUUCCUUUUAGUGGUUUUAAACACUUAAGAUGGAAAGAAAUGCAUUGUUAUUGUCUUGUACUGCUAACAGUAGGUAGCAACACAGCAACUAGUAAAUCUUACUAGUUUUCCGAAUCAGUGCAACAUCCUUCCCAGAUCCAAGCUCCAACUUCUGAGACAAACAGAACGCAGCAUAAGACUUACUUUUAGUUGUUGUUGUUAUUUGUCUCUAUUUGAUGCAGGUCACACUGCUUAAUGUGCACUAACAGUCUCACUCAUGCAUACUUGCACUUUGUAAUCAGUUGCUAAAUUACAUUUUAACUGUAGAAUUAAGCAUGGCUUUAAAAUGAAGUGGAAAAAAAUUACAGUUGUUCAGUCUGUUGGCUCACUGUGAACCUUCACUCUGACUAGUUGCUGAAAUGAAGGUUGAGGUCUCUAAAUUACCAUUUACAUUUACAUUGAUUUAGUUUUAGCUUGCAGGUUAAAUUGAGGGGGGAAAUGACUAAAUUGCUGACAUGCAAGACAAUAACGUCAAGGUAACAAUUUGAUAUGACAUGUAACUAAAAUAUAUUUAUGUUUUACUCCUAUUAGAACCUAAUUAAUCAUUAUUCUGCUUUGCGCUUUUGCUCUCUUGAAAUGUUUGUCUUGAAAAAUGAAUAAUGAGGAAAUUAAUUUGUCUGUUGAAUACAAUAAAUUAUAAUUCAUAAAAUCUAUGCCACACAUUAUAACAGGUUUCAUGAAAAUACAAUACAGACUUUAACUGGUGUUAAUUAUAUGAACAUUUUGUUGAGACGUACUUGGCUUCAUUGCCAGGUUCUACAUGUUGUGGAGGUCUGGGGUAAACUCUGUCCUUUUUGCCAAGCUGUUGCCAAAGCAGUUAUUGCAUUAUGAAAAGUGUUGUGACACUGUUGUAUUGAGGUAACUGGGGACAAAUUUAUCAUGAGCAUAACUACAGUAACAAGUGAAUGUAUAACCUAUUCUUGGUGCAAAUGUGUGAAACUGAUUAUCUUAAGCCCUUUGCCUUAUUUUUACACUGCCUAUCUAAUGGUGUAUUUCAGGAAGACCUUUUUCAGGUGGUUAUUUCUGGCUGAUGAGUGUCUACUAAUAAAACUGUCUUUUAGCAUA